AUGGCGAGGAUGCGGGCGACGUUCCCGAGCACGGCGCUGCCGCGACAUCGGCCGUUUCGGUGCGAGGUGUGCCACUACACAAGCUCCAGUCGUUGGCACCUGAAACGCCACCAGAUGAUCCACACGGGCGAGAAGCCGUUCAAGUGCCACCUCUGCCCCAUGACCUUUGCCCUGAAGCACAACAUGGCGACCCACAUGCGAACUCACACGGGGGAGAGACCCUUCCGAUGCGAGGUUUGCCCGCGAACCUUUAGCCAGCAGCAGGGACUCAAGAAACAUGCAAUGCAGCACACGUAUUUUGGAUUCAGCUCGUCGCUGUAG